AUCAAUAAAUCUCCUACCCCUUCAUCCUCCUCACUAUCUGCCACAACUACCCCAACAACAACUGCCACUACGAUAUCUUCAACAAACUCAUCUUCAACCAUCGGCCCCCUCAUCAUCUUCUCCCUCUCUGUCAUCCUCCUCACCCUGGGUUAAGCUUGGAAAUUCAACAAGAGGUGGGAUCAAUAAUUUGGCAACGGAUUUCCCAACCGCACAAGAGGUAGCACAACAUACCAAACUAAAAGCGCAAUCCAUGGCUGCUGCUGUUGCGGCUCGUGAUAAAGUGGUUCAGGAUCGGGCGGCUGCGUCUGCCGCUUAUAAUCAGCAACUUCUACAGACCUUGGAUGGAUUUCGAGGUACACACCUUGAUCCCAACGCUAGUCACUGGGAUGAGAUGGAAGAUGAAGAUGAUAUGUUUGGCGAGGUGGUCGAAUUCGGUGACGGAACACAGUACAAGGUCACCGAGGUCGUACCCCCUGCGGCGGAUCCUGCAACCUCACUGGGAAACGAAACUGUCCCCUCAAGUGGGCUCUCACAAGCCCAGAGUCACAAGGCUCGACUUCCUGAAGAUUACCGUCGAAGCCAUCAUCAGCUGGCAACUGAAGAGAAUGAUUCCAUGCCUCCCUUUUUGAGGGGUCGCGCCGAACUCAAGAGUCUAUUCAAUGAGAGGAUCGGAAAAUUCGAGCCAUAUUCUGGUAAACCAAACGAAAAAACAAAAGAUCAUCAUCCUCAGGUUCAAUUACUCCAGCGGCAACGGGAUGUCCCCAAUGAUAUCCCAAGCUCAACCCCCCACUCUACCCGUCUGCCUAAUUCAACCGGACCCAACGGUAAAUCGACGGAUAUCAAUUCAACUCAGCCUCAUCGUCCUUCGAGUCAUCAGCCAGACUCAAAUAACUUCAUACCACCUUCUCGAACCAGUCUCUCCCAACCUCUUAGCCCCCCUAUUCCCUCUCGCACCUCAGCUCCCCCAGCGCCAUCGGCGCCCGUCAAGGCCCCUGGGAACGUUUCAGAGGCCGCUGACAAGCAGCCCACCGCCCCAGAUACCUCCAACCAAGCACCUAAAUACAGGAAGCCCGACUUGGAUCAAGUCCAUCGAUCCGAAAUGACCUCGGCAGCCGAACGAGCCCGUAAACGUCGUCAGGAAGAGGAGGCUGCCCGGGAAAGCGAAAAAGAGAGGGCCAAACUUAAGGCCGCAGAGAUUGAAGCAAGACUCAAAGCUGCUGCUGACGCCGCUAAGGUUGCUGCAGAGGCUGCUAAGGCUGCCGCAGAUGCCAAGGCUGCUGAAAAGGCCGCCGAAAAGGCUGCUGCUUUGGAGGCCAGCGCCAAGAAGCACUCGAAGAAUGAUUCUAGUCCCAAACUGCUCCUACGCCCCUCCUCCAAUGAUCCUCCACGAAGUUCGAAUACAACUAGGUCGGACUCUAAAGAUUCGUGGCGGCGACCCCCCUCCCACCAAUCCGAAGAUAGACCCAAGUCAAUGAUGGCAUCCCCUAAAUCAACCCCGGCCGAGGCUGUCGUUGUGAAAUUGGAAGCCGCAACUCGUCCUCUUGGUCCUCUGGCUGAAAAUUCUAUCAAUCCAGAAUCUUCUGGCCGUCCCAUGCCAAAAACCAGUCGGCCGUCAGAUCAGCCAUCCUGCCUACCAUCUCAGGAAGAGGCUUUCAAAAGGAGAAGUGAGGACGUGUCCAGCCGGUCAUUGGUCUGGAAACCCAAAAUUGCCUCUGCCCCCGCAUCGCAAGUGAAGGUAGAAGAUCGUCAACCCCAACAAACUGCACCUUCUGAUCAAUCCUCCAAGCCAAUUACUAUCCAGAAGCGCUUGGCACCAUCAGCCCCGACGAACGAAGAUCGUUGGCGGCCUUCACAAGAUAAUGCGUCCAAGCCAGCGAGCCGAGCCGACACACGUCAGCUUCCGCCACACAUCCAGCCAGACAAUCUCAAAGCGUCCGAACCGGCACCCGCCCCUAAAACCGUGUCAUCUCAACCAGAAGCUCGACCGGCAUCCAGACCUUCUCCUGACAUUCGGAGCUCCCCGCCCGCAUCUUUACCCUCUCAUACCUCACCAAACAUGUCAACUGGUACCCUUCGUUCGUUGGCACCCGAUAAGAAAGCUGGGUUUAAACUCCCUGAAAUGUCUCAUCUCGAUACUGUAAUGUCUCGAAUCAAAGUCGUCUUGGAAGCAGACAAAGAAGCCCGGGCUAAGGCUGCGGUCGUCGCUACUACCCCCAAGGAAUCUUCAACAGAUUCCCGCUCGAUAAACCCACCGCCGUCUUCAAACUCAAAAGACGCGCCGAAACCUACUCCAACCAGACAGGGAUCGGAUCAUCAACUCAAGGAACCUUCCAGCAGCUUGCAGGGCCAACCCAGCAGUUCGCCAACCGCAGUUUAUAUUGCCGGGCGACCACGCACACUACUACCACGGACAAUCGAAACUCCUAUCAUCGUUAACACUUCCUCUGAAACCAAGCCGUCAUCGCAUUCUGCUUCACCAGCCCCUCUAUCCUCUAGUACCUCGGUGGCACCUCCUCGGAUACCCAGUACUUCCAGUCUGGCACCUGCACUAUCUAAUCCAGCCCUGAAGAAGCCCUCUUCUGUCCGGAAAGCUGCUCGCUUUGAUAUCCCAACGACCGUUGAAUCCAAGCCAACCGCAGUCUCAACUCCCUCGCUCCCACCGAGUGCUCCGAGAUGGGUCAAACGGGACCCGAUAGUUUUUUUUGACGCCACCCGACAGGAGCGUCCUUCCUCGCCCGGCCCAGCGUGGAAAGCUUUUACCGUCAAGUUCGGUGCUGCUACGCCCAAGCCCCGGCUCGCCUCCCAUAUCAUCAAAUCCUUUUGGAAUCCACUUGUGCCUACCAAAGUUAAUGUGCUGACGUGGGAUCCUCCGAUGGCGAACCUCUCGCCCCGGACAUUAUCACGAGACGAUCUACUGUUUCGUAAGAAAUACAUCCGUGGGGUCGUCGUCUCUCAUGUUCAGUUCCCCAAGAACAGCAUUUCUAGUCUGGCUACCAAAGCCCAAUCUGCCCUUUCAAACGCGUCAGAACUUGUACCACGCGAUGACGGAUCGUCGAGAGCUGGCAGAGGGCGUGGCGCUGCUCCCACAGGAUCUAGGGGCCGUGGCCGUGGCCGAGCAGACGAGACGACAUCCUGGCGUAGACCAGUCGAGGAGGAGAAGACACCUGCAGCGAUUGCCCAAUCGGUACUAUCAACAACCGACUCUACACCGACUCGUUCGACCGACUUGAUUCAAUCGCCAACCACAGCGCCCUCUUCUGAGCCCGUCAAGUCGAGUGAGAGCCAGUCGGUCCGACGGAGUAAGGCCAAGAUUCCGGACGGCCUCAAGGUCGCUUUCCAUAAGCCUGCUCACCUCUUAUCAUCUACUUCUUCUUCCUCCGGCAUGUUUAUGGUCCACAGCGAAAUCACCGGUGAAGGCGCCCAAUCAUCUCAGGACCCGGCCCCUUCAUCUUGCCUGCCUAAGCCUACAAGUCCGACCAGUAGCACCACUCAAAAUACCAUCCCUAAACCACUGACCCCUCCAGUAGCUACUCCAACUCGAUCAUCUAGUAUUGCGUGUAUGAGCGGCUCAAAAGGAUCGACAUCACCAUGGACAAAAUCGCCCUUGGCGUUCUCCGUCCUCGAUUCCCACACAAAGAAUGUCUGGUCACAACCUGAUGGUCAGAUCACUGGUCAGCCAUUACCGUCGGGCAAGACUGAAAACUCAUUAGAGGGGAUUACCGAUGAUUUUCCAGCCACUCUACCCCGGACUUUGAACGAUUUCAACGCCGUUGAAGAGCCUAGUUCUUCAUCCAGCCAUCAUCAUCAGCCAGUCCAGUAUAGCACAUCAUCUUCCAGGAAAUCGUCUGAACUCCCUGGCCCCGGUAAGCGUGAGCAGAACGGAGGAUCUCCCAGCAAUCUACAGAUGAGCUCAAAUAACAAUUCAGAUGAUCAACCGAAAGCAAAUGGACUUGCUCAACAUCCCUAUCUGAGCUCACCCGGCUGUCCUCCGCAAUACAACAACGAGACGCCAUCUUCGAAUUCGGGGCAUAUGUAUGGUGGCCAUCAUGGGUUUUCCUCGCCAACAAAUUUCCAAGUCCCACCGGGCUAUCAGUUGGUGCCGAUCGGCAGCCUCCCAAGCAACCAGGCAAACCAACCAUACCCGUCGAAUUCGGGGAUCUACCCGGGCCCACAGUCAGUUGCACCAUGGUCGCCCUCCCCAGGCCCGAUUCAACCCAACGGAUACGCCCGCUCACCUCAGCUACCAUACUCGCCCAAUACCAGCUAUCCUUCGCCGCUCACCUCGGCCUCCUAUCCCUCACAUUCCCACACGGUUGGUCCCAGCCCGAUCUCUGACGGUCCAUCUGGGUUCAGUAAAAGCCCUGGCCCGAUUGCCCCCCGAGGCUCCAGGGUCUCGCUGCCCACCAGUAGCCAUCUCGCUCGCCUACCCAACGAGUUCACCCCAACCACCGUCCAUCGUAACUAUCCGACGCCUCCCUCCGCUUCUUCCAAAGCUCAGACUGGCACCGGUCACAGUUAUCAUCUUUCCGCCGGCUCACUCGACGGUCCUUCCGUGGCUAACCAUUCCGCCGGCGGCCCGACUGCGCCUUCCGGAUAUCCCGAGCAUCCCUUCGGGCCCUUCCAUCCCCCCACUGGCUUGCCUGUCCAUCAACAACAACAGCCACCACCGAGUAAUUUCAACCAAGCCGUUCAUCAUGGAAGUGGACCUGGGGGCCAAGCAAGCCAUCUGGCUGGUCCUCGCCACCAUCAAAUCCACCACCAACCUCAUGCCCACAACCCAGCCAUCGUAGCCGGUCCCCCACUGCCUCCGCACGCCUCCACACCAACUCAUCACUAUAUCCCUCAUGCCCAUCCCUUCCAUCAUCCUGCGCUGCAGCACCAAGCCGUCGGUCCGCCUCCUCCAUCUAAUCUGCUCCCAGGAGGACCGGGACCCGGACAUGGAAACCAUCACCCUGGGUUGUCUUAUCCUGCCAAUAAUAAUCAUCCUUAUCUUAACCAACUGCACCACCAUCCCCAACAACAGCAGCAACAACAAAUCGCGCCUCAUCAAACAUCUUCAAACGGAGGCAAUCAUCGGACUUAUGGAGGCCAUAUCGCAACUGGUGGAUCAACGUUCUCUCCUGUUCCGAGUAAAUCGACUUCAGGAAAUGCUCACAACAAUGGAGGAACUCCUCAUCGCAGCGGUGGUGGGAACGGAAGGGACAAGAACCUCUCGAAUCAGCAUGCCUCCUUGACCUCUUCUUCAACUCAUCAUCAUCCUCCCAAUAUGAGUCAUCUGUCGAUCCCGCCUUCUUCUUCUUCUUCUUCUAAGGUCGUCGGCGUCGGCCCCGCGACUGCUGCUACUGCUGGUGGACAGGGAGGGUAUGGACCUCCUAGGAGAUAAUCUUUCUCUCUUUCUCUGUUUUCUUUGGGUUUAUUCUUUUCCUUUUCUUUCUUUCUCUUGUCUGCCUUUCUUUUUCUUCUCUCUUCAUCUCUUUCAACGUUUUUCUAUGAUUAUUAUUGUUUUUCUUGUGUGCUUGUGAGUGUUUCAUGUUUUGUGAGUGCCUUUUUUCCCCUUUUUUUGUUCAUUGUUCAAUUGGUUCUCCUUCUUCCCCCCUUUUCUUUUUUUUCUUUUUGUAUGUUGAUUUUAGUUAAAAAAAAUUAGAGAGAGAGAGAGAGAUUCUUUUAUAAAAAUAUAUACAUACAUAUAUACUUCAAUAGUUUAUACAUUAUUCUUUUACUUGAC